AUGGAAUCAUCCGCUGCAGAUAAGAAGCGCAACAAGCUUGGAUAUCAUCGUACCUCUGUCGCGUGCGUGCACUGUCGACGACGGAAGAUCCGAUGCCUUCUUGCCGCGGAUGAUGCUCAGGGACGAUGCGAAAACUGCAUCCGACUGCGAAAAGAGUGCCAAUUCUUCCCCGUUGAUCAGCAGCCCCCCAUCGAGAAGAAAUCGCGCCCGAGUUCCCGGUUGGAAACGGCAUCGACAGAUCCUUCGACAGCCUCGUCUUCGCCUCCAACCCUCACUGGCGAUCAAACAGAGGCGUACUUCCCUUACCAGUCAAUGGCAUUGGGUGCGAAUACCGACGUAUCGGGGUUCAACGCUGCUGUCUUCCCCGGCAAUCCGAUGGCGACGUUUGCUCCUGAGCGCAGUGUUCCUUCUUCCGAAUUCGCGCCGCAUCCGUCCAUCGACCCUUCUACUGUGGCCUGGGAUGAGUUCACAACGAUUCCCGAUCAACAGAUGCUAGCCUCCAUGGCCGUGGGCAAGACCAUGAUGAACGUACCUGCUAAUGUCUGGGCCCCUACGCCGGGCCAAAUGGCCCCAAUGCCGACCGCGUCCCCUCUACCGGCCACUCCGACAGUCCCGUCGCAAAACCCAGCACUCAAUGCUGCACCCACGUACGCAAUGCAACCCGAUGGAUCGGUGUGGCAGGUCGCCCCCACGCGAUCAAUGACGUUCCCUGCGCAACCGACCGAUAUGGCUGCACCUUAUCCCAACCCCGCUCAGUUCGUGCAGCCGCUCCCCGCGGAUCUCAAACGCAGAAUGACCAGCCCGGCGCAAUCGUUCCCCGGCGUUCCGAUGAACCCUCAGAGUCCUCCUUCCGCCGAUCUUCAAGGGACCCCGGUAUCUGUGUCUUAUCCUGGCCAGCCAGGGACGAUGGGAUAUCCUGGCUGGCAGGAUGUCAACGCCAUGUCUCCCAUGAGCGUGGUGCAGUAUCCGAUGUACGCUGGCGAUCCUGUGCAACAAGCGGGCUUUGGUAGUCCACCGCCGAUGGGACAUCCAGGUCCAGGACAAUCUCCGCAAUGA